AAACUUGUACGGAUAGCUGGGGUCAAAUAGGUACAGGGUCGACUUACGAGUGUGUUGUUGGUUUAUAGUGGUUAAAACUUGAAAUUUUAAAUUAAUUACCAAAAUGUUCAACAAAACAUUAAGAUGUUUAUGCAAACCUUCAAGCUUUUACAGAGGAAGUUUCUCUGGUUUAAUGGCAAGAUGUUAUGGGACAGUGACUGAAACUACUUUUCAGACAAAGCCAUACAAGCUUCAUAAACUUGAAACUGGACCCUCCACGGAUGUGACAUGUACACGGGAAGAUGCACUCAAGUUUUACCGGGAAAUGAUGACCAUUCGAAGGAUGGAGGCAGCAGCUAACAGUUUAUACAAAGAAAAGGCAGUGCGAGGAUUUUGUCAUCUUUACUCUGGUCAGGAAGCUUGUGCUGUAGGCAUGGAAGCUGCAAUAGAAACUGAUAAGGUGAUCACAGCUUACAGAGCUCAUGGAUGGACCUGGAUACGAGGAGUUAGCAUAGAGGCAGUUCUUGCAGAACUUACAGGUCGAGAAAAAGGCUGUGCGAGAGGUAAAGGUGGAUCCAUGCACAUGUAUUCAGAUAAUUUCUAUGGUGGAAACGGUAUUGUGGGUGCACAAGUUCCUUUAGGAGCUGGUAUCAGUUUCGCCUUGAAAUAUCAAGGUAAGGAUGACAUCUGUGUGACGUUGUAUGGAGAUGGAGCAGCCAAUCAGGGCCAAGUGUUUGAAACCUAUAACAUAGCUAAGCUAUGGGAGCUCCCUGUUAUCUUUGUUUGUGAAAACAAUGGAUUUGGAAUGGGGACAAGUUCAGACCGGGCUUCUGCCAGUACUGAUUACUACACACGAGGCGAUUUCAUUCCUGGUAUUUGGGUUGACGGAAUGGAUGUUCUAGCUGUCCGAGAGGCAACAAGAUUUGCUACCGAGUUGUGUCGUGCGGGAAAAGGUCCCGUGGUGAUGGAAACUGCCACUUAUCGGUAUCAUGGCCACAGUAUGAGUGACCCUGGCACGAGCUAUCGUACGAGAGAAGAAAUCCAAGAAGUACGUCACACUCGAGAUCCAAUUACCUCCUUCAAGGACAAGAUUAUUACAUCUGGACUUGUAACAAAUGAUGAACUCAAGGAAAUGGAACAGAACAUGAAAAAAGAAAUCGAUAAGGCCGUAGAAGUCGCAAAAUCGUCAAAGGAAAUUCCUCUUGAAGAACUGUUUGCCGAUGUUUAUGUCGAACCAAUCAAUAACAACAUUAGAGGUAUUACUCCCUUCACCGUACACAAGCAUCAGAGGAUCUCGACUCCAGCUAACUUGCACUAGUCCACCUAGAUCUGCGAUAUUCGACUCUGCUAUUGAAGGACUUCCUUAUUUUAACAUCUGCUACGGAGAUUUUCAAGCUUAGUUCAUAUUUUCGGUUGAAUUGUUGUUUGCAGAGCACAAAGUUUGAAAUAGUAUAAUAAUCAAUGUAAAUCAAGUACCCUAACAUAUUUUAUGAUACAUUAUAAAUAGAACAAACUAAAACAGUUUGUUUUUAUGGUGAAAA